UCUCCUUUUCCUUUUCCUUUUCCUUUUCCCUUCAUCGCGCCCACCUGUCUGCCUGGUUCCUCUGGCAACAUGUCCCAGAAUGUCAAUCCAACCGCGGACCCCACAAAGAUGGGGCUUGGACGGUCCAUUGCCGUGCUGACGUCAGGAGGAGACGCCCAAGGUAUGAACGCCGCUGUGAGAGCCACAGUCAGAGUUGGUCUUUACACCGGAGCCAAAGUCUACUUUGUUCACGAGGGAUACCAGGGCCUGGUGGAUGGAGGGGAUAACAUUCGCCCGGCCACGUGGGAGAGUGUGUCCAUGAUGCUUCAGCUGGGAGGUACAGUUAUCGGCAGUGCCCGCUGCAAGGACUUCAGAGAGAGGGAGGGUCGUAUGAAGGCUGCCCUCAACCUGGUGAAGCUGGGCAUCACCAACCUGUGUGUGAUCGGAGGUGACGGUAGUCUGACCGGAGCCAACCAGUUCAGGACUGAGUGGAGCGGACUGCUGGUUGACCUGGUCAAAGCUGGAAGAAUUACAGAUGCAGAAGCCAAGAAAUCUUCCCACCUGAACAUUGUUGGCAUGGUCGGCUCCAUCGACAAUGACUUCUGUGGCACUGACAUGACAAUCGGCACUGACUCCGCCCUGCACCGCAUCAUCGAGGUGGUGGAUGCCAUCACAACAACAGCACAGAGCCACCAGAGGACGUUCAUCCUGGAAGUGAUGGGCAGACACUGUGGGUACCUGGCCCUGGUGACGGCUCUGGCCUGUGGCGCCGACUGGGUGUUCAUUCCAGAGAUGCCACCAGAUGAGGGCUGGGAGAACCACUUGUGCAGGAGGCUGACAGACCAAAGGGCCCGAGGUUCUCGUCUGAAUGUGAUCAUUGUAGCUGAGGGUGCGAUGUCCAGAGAAGGCAAACCGAUUACAUCUGAACAGAUUAAAAAGCUGGUGACUGACAGGCUCGGCUUCGACACUCGCACCACUACUCUAGGACACGUACAGAGAGGUGGCACACCCUCCGCCUUCGACAGAAUCCUGGGCAGCAGGAUGGGAGUGGAGGCCGUGAUGGCGCUGCUGGAGGCCACUCCAGACACUCCUGCCUGUGUGGUCAGCUUGUCCGGGAACCAGGCGGUCAGACUGCCGCUCAUGGAGUGUGUGCAAGUGACCAAAGAUGUGACUGCAGCCAUGGCUGAGGGCAGAUUCGAUGAUGCUAUCAAGCUCAGAGGAAAGAGUUUCGAGAACAACUGGAACACAUACAAACUUCUGGCUCACAUCAACCCCCCAGAUGUUAAGAGUAACAUCAAUGUGGCCGUCAUGAACAUCGGAGCCCCCUGUGCUGGUAUGAACGCUGCAGUCCGUGCAGCAGUCAGGAUGGGCCUCAUCCAGGGUCACAACAUGUUGGCUGUCCAUGACGGCUUUGACGGUCUGGCUCAUGGACAGGUUGAGCCCAUCACCUGGACUGCAGUCAGUGGCUGGACUGGAAAGGGAGGCUCAAUGUUGGGCACCAAGAGAACUCUGCCGGCUAAAAUACUGGAGGAAAUCAGCCAGAACAUCGCCAAGUUCAACAUCCACGCUUUGGUGAUCAUCGGUGGAUUUGAGGCCUAUGUGGGAGGCCUGGAGCUGGUUCAGGCCAGGGAGAAAUAUGAGGAGAUGUGCAUUCCCAUGGUGGUUAUCCCCGCCACCGUCUCCAACAACGUCCCUGGCUCCGACUUCAGCAUCGGCGCUGACACGGCCCUCAACACCAUCACCGCGACCUGUGACAGGAUCAAGCAGUCUGCAGCAGGAACUAAACGCCGCGUGUUCAUCGUUGAGACUAUGGGUGGUUACUGCGGCUACCUGGCCACCAUGGCUGGUCUGGCUGCCGGGGCUGACGCUGCCUACAUCUUUGAGGACAAAUUCAACAUUAAAGACCUGGAGGUGAAUGUAGAGCAUCUUGUGGCGAAGAUGAAGACAACAGUGAAGAGAGGUUUGAUUCUCAGGAACGAGAACUCUAAUUCCAACUACACCACCGACUUCAUCUUCAACCUGUACUCAGAGGAGGGCAAAGGUAUCUUCGACUGCCGUAAGAAUGUUCUGGGGCACAUGCAGCAGGGUGGCACUCCAACGCCCUUCGACAGAAACUUUGGCACAAAAAUGGGAGCCAAGUCUGUCUUGUGGCUGACUGAGAAACUCAAGGAGUGCUAUAGGCAUGGCCGUAUCUUCGCUAACACACCAGACUCUGCCUGUGUGCUGGGCAUGAGGAAGAGGGCGCUCACCUUCCAGCCACUUGCUGAACUGAAGGGAGACACAGAUUUUGAGCACCGCAUCCCAAAGACAGAGUGGUGGCUGAAGAUUAGGCCCAUCAUGAAGAUCCUGGCCAAGUACAACAUCAAAUUAGACACAUCCGAACACACUGAUAUGGAGCAUGUGAUCAAGAAGAGGAGUCCUCUUGGGAAGUAGAGUCAGUCUGCUCUCAUAGAGCACAGGGAUAGAGCAAGGCAAAUUGUCUGUUCAAUUACAAUUUUUCUUUCUUGCCCAACUACCUGUCCACAUGCCUUGGUAAAAGAGCUGCUGUCUUACUCUCUUAUCCUGAAUGUGUGCAUCUUCGUUGAAUUUAGUGUUUUGUGGCAUUUCCAACUCUCAAAAACCUUUUCAUGAAUUAACUUUGUAGAAGAUGCAAGGUUUUAAGAAGCAGAUUAAAGAUACAUUUCA